AUAAAUGAUCAAGGUUUUUAGGGCGCGUGUCGGCUUGGGACACCCGGUUCGCCUCGCCUCUCCUCGCCUGCCUUGCCGCGCCGUCGGGACGCAUCCCGCAAAAAGGAAAACACUGAAUGAGUUAAUGUUUAUGUGGCGGCAGGUCCAGAGCCAAGAGUGAGGGACACCAGGGAGCCUCCUUCAACCGCAGUGUGGCGGCGGCGUGUGCAGUGACAGGUGGGCGUUGCUGUGUGUCCGUGUGCCUGGUGAGGAGAGAGAUAGAGUGCAGCAUGGGGAGGAGACGUGGUAGCGUGCAUUGAGUCUCUGUUGACGUGUUGAGGGGCAGUAUCAACACAAGGAGACAAUCAGUGAACAAGGACCCACCGCAAGUACCUAUUGGAAGGCCAGGCGACAUGAGUAAGGCCCAGAACCGCUCCCCUGCAGGGCGGCCCAAUCCUGCCCCAGCCAAGGCCGAGGUAAACAAGCUGGCGGGGCAAGGGAAGGACAAGAUGGAAACGAGACACGUACAGGAUAAGACAAGGAACGGUACACAGACUAAGAACGCUACUAAAGACAGUAAUCAGGUUAAAGCUAAGACCACAGACAAGACUAUGAACAGUAAACACAACAAGAACGGGACUCAGCAGGAGACGAAAUGCGCACUCAGCAAGACGGAAACACGACAAAUAUUGCAGGACAACCCAGUGAAGGACGCAGCUCAACGUAAUACUGAGGGAACGCCUACUCAGGAUUCCACUCAAGGUAGAGACGCGAUGAUAAAGAAUACUGAAGACACGUGUAAUAUGAAGGACGUCUUGUCAAUCCCUAGUGACGUCAAGGAUGAAGUGCAGGUAGAAGAUCAGAUGCUAAAUGACUCACAAGAAAGGAAUCCAGUACUAAAUGACUUCCAACUAAAGGAUCCGGUAUUAAAUGGCUCACAAAUAAAUGAUGAAGUUAAUGCUGGAGAGAUAAUACAAGGGGAAGUGAAAAAUAUGAAUAACGGACCUGUAGAAGUUAUUGUAAAUGAUUUAGUUAUAAAUGACACCGGAACAGUAAAGGAUAAGGACUCUGGACUAGUAAAUGAGUCGAUAAGGGGUAGUGAGGGACAAGGGAAUCAGGUGGAGCAAAAUAGGAAAGUCACGGAUAAACAAAAUGCGAUCGUGAACAGCGUCGACAAAACAAAUGGACAGCGAGAGAAAACGGACGGCGAAACUAGAGAUAAAAAUCCAAUGGAAGCUCGAGAAAAGACUGUAAGUGACGUGAAAGACCAAACAAACCAGGAAAACCACAUUGCAAACCCCGAGAUAGACUUACCACAGAUAACAGUAAUGACAGAAGACGACGCUGACGAUGACCUUCUCAGUGACAGCGAGGGGGAGACAGGGAACCCAAGACAGAGGAGCAAUCACAUGAAAAACGGACACGCGCGCAGCAGACACAGACGCAACGAGAUGCGACACAGACAUGAAGUAGAAGACGAGGAUUCUGACAAUGACUCUAGCGACCAGUUAGCGAUGGACAAUGCGUUAGUGAGACACCUCCUCCCCCACAUGAGUCCCGCCCUCUUGCCUAAAGCCAUGCAGCCGCUAAGCGGGGCACGAGAUUACUCCUCCAACUCCUCCGACGAGGAGCAGCAAACACACUCCAAGAAGUUGUCUCUUAACGUGAUCAAGGAGUCAUCCGAGGGCAGCGGCAACAACACCGACGCGGAGAGUGAUGAGGAACCCAUGGCACCGCCCCCGACCGCGCUGGCUUCUCUGCGUCGUCACAGCUUCCACCAUUUCCCGGCGCCGCCAACCAAGAGUCAGUCCAAGAAAGCGGAGAAAGUUCGAGCGCUACUGCAGGCCGUGGAGGAAGAGGAACUGGAGAAGAUUAGCAAGAAACUGGGAGAAAAAUCAAAUUUGGUCAGACAGCACCUUGGCCAUGUGGAGAACCGGCUCUUUGAGAUGUUCGGUGAUGAGGAGAAGAGGACCAUCAACAUCAACAAAUUCCUCAUGGGGCUGACGGCGACAGGUAUGCGGCCGUCUGAUCCCCGCUUGAAACAGACAAGACAGAACCUCAAGAAACUGCAGGACCAGCUGGGCAGCGAGUUUGUUUCACUUGACAUUGACUAUGAAACUUUUAUGGGCAUCAUCUCAGAGAACCUGGAGAUCGUAGUGAAGGCUUUCUCGGCAAACUUUGUCAUCCCAGACUUCCAGGGCUUCUGCAAACAGAUGGAAGAAAUUUAUAACAAAUGCUAUACCAACCACUCUGGCAAGCCAGCAGAGUACAUCCCACAAUUGGCUCGCUUUGACUCCAAGUCCUGGGGAAUGGCCAUAUGUACUGUGGAUGGCCAGAGGUUCUCUCUUGGUGAUGUGGAUGUGCCAUUCACCAUACAGUCCUGCAGCAAGCCUUUGACUUACGCCAUCGGCCUGGCUGUGAACGGCUGUGAUUACAUGCACAACUAUGUCGGGAUGGAGCCCUCGGGACGCUACUUCAAUGAGCUGGUCCUUGAUUAUUCCAACAAGCCACACAAUCCCAUGAUCAACUCAGGAGCAAUAAUGACAGCGGCUAUUAUCAAACCUGAGCUCUCGGCAGCAGACCGGUUUGACUAUAUGUUCAAGGUGUACAAGCGUCUGGCAGGAGAAGAGUAUCUGGGCUUCAACAACUCUGUCUUCCUCUCGGAGCGGGAGUGUGCGGACCGGAAUUUUGCUCUUGCUUACUUCAUGAGGGAAAACAAGUGCUUCCCUCAGAACCACAAGCUGCAUGAGUCUCUAGAUUUCUACUUCCAGUUAUGCUCGUUGGAGAUCACCGCGGAGUCAGGUGCAGUGAUGGCAGCCACACUGGCAAACGGGGGACUGAACCCACUGACAGGCGACCCAGUGCUGACUGUGGAUGCCGUCAGGAACACCCUCACACUCAUGCACUCCUGCGGCAUGUACAACUACUCUGGACAGUUUGCCUUCCAUGUGGGGCUGCCGGCUAAGUCAGGAGUGUCUGGCUGUGUGCUCUUGGUCAUCCCCAACACCAUGGGUAUCUGCCUUUGGUCUCCUCCCCUUGACGCCAAUGGGAAUUCCUGCCGUGGCGUUCAGUUCUGCAUGGAAAUGGUGUCUCGUUUCAACUUCCACAACUUUGACAACCUGAGAGGGUUCAACCAGCCCAAGCAAGACCCACGCACUGCCAAGAUUGAGUCCAAGGCACAGAUUCUCUUUGAUCUCCUAUUCUCAGCAGCUGCAGGGGACAUGUCAGCCCUCAGACGGCAUGCACUGGCUGGCACAGACAUGCAGGCCAAGGACUAUGAUGGUCGCACAGCUCUCCACGUGGCCACCUCAGAGGGCCAUGAUGAAAUAGUCAGCUUCUUACUCAACAACUGUAAUGUGGGUCCUCUGCCCAAGGACCGAUGGGGCAGAACACCACUGGACGAUGCCGAGAGCUUUGACCACCCCAGAUGUGCCAAGCUGAUUACCAACUGUUGCAAGAAGAAGGGCAUCAAGCUCCCAAUAUCCUACAAAGAGUACGCAGAAAUCAGCAAGCAGCAAAAUGGACCCUUGGUAUCAGUCAACAGCAGCUAAACAUGUCAUUGCAUCAGGAUUGGUGUCAGUGUUAAGGAGGUGCCAGUCACUCACUCAUCAGCUCAAGCCAUCAUGGUAUCAGCCUUAUUAUGAGGUGCUACAGUUCCAUGGUGUUGUCUGUUAAUAGUACAGUAGUCAAUGAAGUACAUAGUAGUUUAGUAUAUGAAUAAGCAGUCUUACUAUUUAGUGGACUUUUUUUUUUUUUUUUUUUUUUUUUUUUUAAGGGAGAAUUCAGGUGGAGUUUGAACAGGGCACCAGAUGUGAGAGGAAGUGAUCUUGACUUGUCUGUGGCCUGGUGAAUAUUAUUGUUGUCAUCAUUUGUAAGGAUGCUUUUCUUACAGUGCCCUUCUCAUCUACGUACUUGUUCUUCACCUAUCAACAUCACUGGAAGGGUUGAGAGAGAGAGAGAGAGAGAGAGAGAGAGAGAGAGAGAGCAGGGGUGGCCAGACUCACUCCAAGCUCAUGUUUCAAAUGUUUCAAUAAGGUAUAUGACAAUUGAUGCCUAAAUCCAUCCUGAGUAAGCUACCUUCCAGGGAUAAUCAGUUCUUAUCUUCCAUCUCUUUCUCUUCAUCUAAUAUGUUGUUAUGACUGAUGAAAGCAAUAAUCUGUCUUUCUUAAGCCCUGUGUUCUACGGCAGUUGGUUUUUCAAGUACAUUGCUAAGAUAAGUGUUUGGUGCACUCAGACAAGCUUUGAAAGACAAUUUUACAAUCCUCUGCAAAAGAAGUGAGGAGGUUAUUGAGAGAGAGAGAGAGAGAGAGAGAGAGAGAGAGAGAGAAGCAGUGUUCAAAAAGUUGACAAAUUAUGAUUUUUAAAGUUCUUUAUUAUUAUUAUUAUUAUUAUUAUUAUUAUUAUUAUUAUUAUUAUUAUUAUUAUUAUUAUUAUUACCUCUGAUAUAUUAUUUUAAAACUCGUUUUGGUGGGCCAGGUACUGUAUGUGAGAGACAUAUCAUGAUUUUUAUAAAAAAAAUAAAUAAAUAAAAUAAACAUGUUUUUAGACA